GUCGUCAGUGAAGGGGUUCCUACGAACGCGAGAAAGCGAGUGGAGUCGAAUGUGGGUGUCUGUGGCGACUGGAGCAUGCUUCGAAGGCUUGUCUGCCUGAUCACCCUCGUCUAACAUCGAUCUCGACAGAUGAAGCACAAGGUUGCAAAUUAUGGCUGACAGACGUCCCGCCGAUAAGCAGCGGAGGUGUAUGUGGCGUACCAGAAUUCUGUGCUAAACCCUAGGAAGGUUUUCGAUGGCAGCAGAGGACUGAGGGUUGUGGAAUCUGGUUGAAUUGCUGAUGGGGUACGUUUGAAUCGAGCAAGCACGUCUUCACGGGGCCUUUUGAAAAUCACAGGAAUGGGAAUCGCAGAAGUCGCAGAAAUGGUUUCAAACGAGAAGCCUGAGUCAGAGGUAGGAGGGGGAGGAGACAUGGAGGACAUCGAGGACAUGGCAAAGGGUUUACAAGCUGGAUUUCCAAACCGUGAGUUGCGCUCUUCAGUUUCGUACAAAUCUCGCAAGAACAUCUCAACGAGGAGGAGUUCCACGGUGAAAUUAGCUGAUGUUCAUGUUUCUUCCGAUGGCUUGUCUGGAAACUAUAUACCUGGAAGUCAGACCAUAUAUUUGAAAACCUUUGGAUGUUCUCACAAUCAGAGUGACAGUGAGUACAUGGCUGGCCAGCUUGCUGCAUACGGCUACUCCAUCACAGAGGAACCGGAAGGAGCUGAUUUGUGGCUUAUAAAUACAUGCACGGUGAAAAAUCCCAGCCAGUCAGCGAUGGAGACUAUAAUUCGUAGAGGCAAGGAUGCCAAGAAGCCUCUGGUGGUAGCUGGUUGUGUUCCGCAGGGAAAUAGUAACUUGAAGGAACUGGAAGGAAUAAGCAUUGUUGGAGUUCAACAGAUAGAUCGAGUAGUGGAGGUAGUAGAGGAGACUCUGAAGGGUCAUGAGGUUCGACUCUUGCGUCGGCAAACUCUUCCUGCACUGGAUCUACCGAAGGUGAGGAAGAACAAGUUCGUCGAGAUAAUCCCCAUAAACGUGGGUUGUCUUGGGGCUUGCACGUACUGCAAAACCAAGCAUGCGCGAGGGCACCUUGGAAGCUAUACUGUUGCUGCUCUUGUAGAGAGGGUAAGGUCCGUCAUAGAUGAUGGUGUAAAAGAGAUUUGGCUUAGUAGCGAGGACACAGGAGCUUACGGUCGAGAUAUAGGUACGGAUUUGCCAACACUUUUACGAGCUCUCAUAGCAGAGCUCCCUGAGGACAGGAGCACAAUGUUGCGGAUUGGGAUGACUAAUCCACCAUACAUCUUACAGCACCUUGAAGCAAUAGCUGAGGCUCUACGACAUCCAUGCAUGUACUCUUUCCUCCACGUGCCAGUCCAGUCUGGGAGCGAUGCUGUUCUAAGUGCAAUGAAGAGAGAGUACACCGUUUCGGAAUUCCGACAAGUUGCCGAUACUCUUUUGCGCCUGGUCCCUGAGAUACACAUUGCAACAGAUAUAAUUUGUGGCUUCCCUGGCGAGACUCUUGAGGAUUUCGAGCAGACCGUGGCACUUAUUCAGGAGUACAAAUUUCCUCAAGUCCACAUUUCACAGUUCUAUCCAAGACCAGGCACUCCAGCCGCUCGAAUGAAGCGUGUCCCCACUGCGGAGGUGAAGAAGCGUAGUCGGCAACUGACGAGCGUAUUUGAAAGUUUUAAUCCAUACGAGGGCAUGGAAGGCAAGGUCGAAAGGGUCUGGAUUACUGACGUUGCUGCAGACGGGAUUCAUCUCGUAGGGCACACAAAGUCGUACGUGCAGGUACUACUUCCAGCUUCGGAUGUUUUGCUGGGGUCCAAUGUCGACGUGAAAAUAACCUCUGUUGGUAGAUGGUCUGUUAUGGGCGAACCCGUUCAUCCCCUGUCGAGUGUUGUAGGUGAAGUCGGAGGUCAUGUAAAUUGGUGGGAGGCGUCUGAGUCUGUUCGUGGACAUCAGAUGCGAAGUGACAAUCGCAGUUGUAGCGACAUGGGGUCCGAGACAUGUGCUUGUGCAGAGGACAGUGAGAAUCACUCCGAAGCUAAGAAACCCUGCUCGUCGGCAUGCGGUACUGAUGUUUUGGAAGAAAAUCUUAAGAAAGUGAGAUUUGGACUAGAUGAAGUGAAACUGCUUCCUUUGGUUACGAGAACUUUUUCUUCAGACAAAGGUCUUGGUAACAAUUAUGAAAAGUCCGUCCCUUCGAAUACUCGAAACAGGAAAGUGUCCAGAUCCCUAAGGGGUCAGAGGAUAGGCGUGAGCUUAAGUGGAGAGUAUAUGACGGUUAACGACGAGUAUGAAAGCCGUAGAGAAGCAAGAGCAGUAAACUACAAGGUAGGAAAGGGUUCCAUGGCCUUAGAGAUUUUGAGGGAGCGAUGGUCCUGGGUGGACUGGGCUCUAAUUUUUGGAAUGUGCAUCAGCGUGUUGGGUAUCAUCAUCGGCUUUUGUGGUCUCCUCUACCCUCGAAUUGUAGCAUAAGAAUAUCUUUAUUUAUUCAAUACCUAAUUCCAAGAGUUUCCUCGACU